AUGGCGGAGAAGGUUAAUGAGCGUCUGAUGACCAUUGAGAUUAAUGAAUUGAUCCCGAGUCUUAGCAUAGAGAUAAUCCCAGAGCUUAUCGGUAACAACUCAGCCGAAUUGAUUAUUCUGGAGGGCUCGGGACCAAAAGCAAGAGCAAUUGAGGCUACACCCACGCAACCAAACAUAUACCCUUCAAGUUUCACAGGACGUACAGGUGACAUUGAUUUCCUGGCUCAGUUUAUCUGUGUUGCCUUGUAUAUAUACCAACUCGACGUAUUUGUCUCCAACAAGUUUACGGAGUUAAAUAAUUUCGAAGUCGUGAGAAAGAGGUCACUGGACAUGGAGGACUUUGGGAUCAAUAAUAAUGAAGGUACAGCCACAAAUGCCCUGAGUAAUGAUACAAGGCUUGGGAGUGCAUCCAAAGGAUGUGGCUCGGACAUUAGGCGCUCCAUUGAGGAUUUGAGUCAUGAAGAGCUGUAUGAUUUAGGAAAGUCUUACCUUGAUCGACUUGGUCGUCUCGGAGAACUGGGUGACAUGGGCAAGGCAAUGAAGUAUGCGAAACACACAUUUUCUUCCACUCCAGACGGACACCCAGACCUCCAAACACGACUCGCUCAGCUAGGAGCCUGCUACAGUGAUCGAUUUAAGCGCCUUGGAGAAUUAAAUGACAUGGAGAAAGCGCUGAUGCGGGAAGAUGCUACCACGUUCGAUUUCAACGCUUGCAGCAGCUCAACUCCCGAUCAGCAUUCGAACUUGUCAGGCUUGUGUGCUGAUCUAGGGGCGUCGUAUAUCAACCGUUAUCGACGGCUGGGCGAGGCUAGUGACUCGGAUAAGGCAAUCGAGUACAUGAAUAGUGCACUUUCAUUCACCCCGAACGACCAUCCAGACCUACCACGCCGACAUUCUAACCUAGGAGCGUCGUACGGCGAUCGAUACAGACGCCUAGGAAAACCUAAUGACCUUGAAGAAUCAAUGAAAUGGAUUACUCGUGCAGUUGAACUUGCUCCCAAAGAUUGCUCCUAUUUGCCAGCAUUGAUCGCUAAUCUAGGGGGAACAUACAACAGUCGAUAUAGACGCCUAGGAGAGCUUGACAUCCUCGAGAAAGCAAUAGAGCACCGCUUAUGUGCACUCGAACUCACUCCCAAUGGGCAUCCAGAUUUGCCGGUUAGACAUGGACUAUGGCGUGAUAAGAUCUUGAAAAUCAUAUGCUUUCCUUAUGAUGCCAAUCUCGGACUUUCAUACCGGGAUAAGUAUCGGCACCUAGCCGGAAUUGGCGACCUCAACAAAGCUAUCAAAAGCCACUCUUCUGCACUCAAACUUACACCUAACAAUCACCCAGACCUACCAGAUCGGUAUUCUAAUCUUGGGGUGUCAUACUAUGAUCGAUAUCACCGCUUGGGGAAGUUCUGUGACCUGGAGAAAUCAAUCAAAUGCGAUCACCAUGCGCUUCUACUUACUCCUGGCAAUCAUCCAGACUUCUCACGCCGGCAGGCAGACAUGGGAGUGUCAUAUUCUGCCCCGUACCGACGCACAGGAAAGCUUGAUGCCCUUGAGAAGGCAAUAGAAUACCACUCCCGUGCAGUUGCGCUGACUCCCAACUGCCAUCCACAUUCGUCAGCACGACACACAAACCUAGGGGCAGCACACGGCGAUCGAUACAAACGCUUAGGCGAACUUGCCAACCUCGACAAAAGCAUCGAACAUGCCUUAUACACACUCACAUUCACCCCUGACAGUCAUCCUGACUUGCCACUACGGUAUGGGAAUUUAGGGGUAGCAUAUCUUACGUGGUAUAGCCGUUUGAGAGAACCCGCAGAUAUCCAGACAUCAAUUGAACACAUGACAUCUGCUCUCUUGCUCACCCCUGAGGAUCACUCAAAUUUGUCAUACUGGUACACUACUCUCGGAGUCUCAUAUAGUGAUCAAUACGACUCCCUAGGCGAAUCCGCUGACUUCAAAAAAGCAAUCGAACAUCUCUCACACGCACUCGGGCUCACCCCCAACGGUCACACAGACCUCCGACACCGUUAUGCUGCUCUUGGAGUGGCAUACAGGAGUCAAUAUAGACACAUCGGUGAAUGGGUCAGCUUAGAGAAAGCUAUCGAAUACGACGAUAUUGCACUCACACUCACUCCUGAGGGGCACCCGGGUCUGUCCUUGCGGCACUUCUGUUGGGCCACGAACUACCGCCUUGCAUAUCAGCAUACGAGUGAUCCCUCCUACUUGAAUACCUCAAUGGACUUGUUCCGCGAAGCCUCCCGACUACCGAAUAGCGCACCACGUGAAUUGUUUAACUAUGCAGUCAUUUGGGCACGGUUUGCUCGGACAUUUGGCCAUCUUAGCUGCAUUGAAGCUUUCCGUGUGACCAUCGACUUUCUUCCUCAAUUCAUCUGGCUUGGCGCCACUACCAGCCAGCGAUACUAUGACUUGUCGUUGGCAGAAGGGCUACCUGUAAUAGCUGGAUGUGCCGCUAUCCGGGCGUCGGAGGGCAGCCUGGCCCUUGAAUGGCUUGAGCAUACACGAUGCGUCGUAUGGAGCCAAAGUCUAAUGCUUCGAUCCCCGCUGGACGACCUCAAAUCGUCAUAUCCAUAUCUUGGUAAUCAGCUCCAGGAAGCUGCCAAAAGGCUCCGCUAUGCAAGCUCUGAUUCCCCACACAUGAGAAAUAUAUCUGAGGCGAACACAUUGGAGCUUCGACAACACCUAGCUAGACAAUAUGAUGAGCUGCUAGCUCAAGUACGCAAUCAAGCUGGGUUCAAGAACUUUCUUAGACCAGCUAAAUCUGAUGUCUUACUCCAUGCUGCUCGAUACGGACCCAUCGCUGUCAUUAACUGCUUUGAAGUUCAUUGUGAUGCGCUUCUUCUCAUACCCGGGUGCGAGGAUAUUAUUCACAUUCCUCUUCCCGAUUUUACUGGCGUGAAGGCUCAUAAAUUUCGCUCCGAAAUGGAGAAAUCUAUUAGGAGUAGGCGAUCAAAUGAGCGGGGGGUCGAGCGCCGGCCUGUAAAAGAGGAAGAAGUGGACUUCCAAAGCGCACUUUCGGACCUAUGGUACAACAUUGUUAAACCCGUACUGGACUUCCUUGGAUAUACAAAUAAUCCUGGUAUAGCUACUGAAAAUAUGCCUCAUAUAACAUGGUGUCCGACUGGGAUAUUGUCGUUCUUGCCGCUGCAUGCUGCUGGUGAUUACGAACAGCCAGGGUCGAGAGUGUUUGACUAUGUCAUAUCAUCUUACACGCCCACUCUGGCUGCUCUACUCAAUACAACCACUAGCACAUUGCGUCGUAACUCCCGAGUGCUUAUCAUUGGCCAAGAGGCUACACCGGGUCAUCAGCAGCUUCCAGGCACCAUUAAAGAGCUCGAGUAUAUCGUAGGCCACAUGAAAGGGAGAGUGAACCACUCGAAGCUUUCGGGAAGUCAAGCGACUACGAUGACAGUACUCAACGCGAUGGAGCAGCAUGACUGGGUUCAUCUCGCUUGUCACGCUCACCAGAGUGUACAGGAUCCAACCGAGAGUGGAUUCUUCCUCCAUGAUGGUAUUUUAGAUCUCGCGUUGAUAAACCGAAGGUCAUUCAAGGACAAAGGUCUGGCCUUCCUAUCAGCUUGUCAGACUGCGACGGGAGAUGAAACGCUACCGGACGAAGCCAUACAUCUCGCGUCUGGCAUGCUCAUGGCCGGAUAUCGGAGUGUGAUUGCAACCAUGUGGUCUGUGGUGGACGAUGAUGCGCCGUUUGUGGCAGAUGAGGUGUAUGCACGGUUGAUACGGGAUGGAAAGAUAGACAACGGAGAGGUGGGGAAAGCACUGCACUAUGCUGUAGCAGAGCUGCGUGAUAAAAUUGGGGAGAAGGAGUUUAAUCGAUGGGUACCAUACAUUCAUGUAGGCUCCUAG